AUGUCAGGAUCAGAAGGGGUCACUUCUGCGUCAGCGUCAGCAUCAUCAGGAACAGCAACUACGUCAGAUUCUUCAGGCACUACGACCACAGAGGAUACCACAACGACAGAGACCACAGUUGCAACUGCCACCACGGCGGCAUCCAAGGAUGAAACCGCACAGAAGGAGACGACCAAGAAGACUCCAGAGGAUAUUCCAGACAAGGGCGUUCAUGGCUCUGCCACAACCCUUAAGCCAAAGGGGGUCAGUCGUCGCGCCAGGUCUACGAAGACCACGAGCUCCUCAACCAGGAGACGGGAGGUGGAAGCCAGGGAAGAAUUAGCACGCAUGGAGCUAAAGCAAGCUCAAGCUGUGGCGAAGCUAGCACGUAUCAGAUUAGAGCUGGCACAAUGUGAAGAUGAGGACUCCGUGGAUGAAGACCAGGAAGACAGAACAGCACAGGUGCAGAACUGGAUCGAGACAUCAGUAAUGGAAGAAAACAACAUGGGAAAACACGAGCAACGAGGUCAGCACCCUCCAGAAGAGCCAAUUGUGAAGCCUGAAGAGAACUCCUCAACGAAAAAAGAUACGAGCGAAAUUCAAGCGCUGACGAUAGCGUUGAAGGAAGCCCUUACCACACGAGGAGGACCAGUAGCUCAGCCGAACUUCCUGAGAAAAGAAGAAGCACAUUGGCCUGCACCAAGAACUUUCAAGAAAACAACCACCGGCGAAGAAAGGGCAGCGGACGUCGCAGCAAUAACACAAACAUUUCAUCCAUCACCAGACCCGGAGAAAUUCUCUUCAUGGAAGAGGCUUUGGCGAGCCACAGCGAGAAUAAUGCAGUUCUUACAACUCAGAGAAGAGAAGGUCAACGUCUGCAAAAAUGAUCCCACCUGGAAAAUAACACAAAGAAAAGGCACGAAGACUGUAGAGAAGCAACACAGAUCUUCAAAAACAACAGAAAGGAAAUAUAUACCGAUGGACACCGAACUACUCGAGAAAGCUGAAACUCUUUUGCUGAAAAGAAGCCAAGACAACAGUUUCAGAGAAGACAUCAAGCGCCUUCAGCAAGGAAAGCAAUUAGAGGGCAGCAGUAAACUAAAAAGGCUCGACGUAAUAUUAGAAAAGGGUCUCCUGCGAAUAAAGGGAAGAAUCGACGCGAUACAGGGUGUGACCAGGGACUACAAACGACCUAUCGUGCCCGACAGCAAGGACAAGACAACACAACUCAUCAUAGAAGAAUUCCACCGCCGCUUCAAUCAUGGAAAUCACGCGACGGUGAUGAAUGAAAUACGACAACGCUUCUGGAUACUCGGUCUAAGCGGACCGACUGCGCUAUCGGAUAAUGAACAAUAUGAAUGCAGUAACAACGGACCCAGUGCCCCUACGAUACAAACUCACUCGAACACUGAAGCUGUGACGACGGUGCUGUCUAAUAUAGCGUCUCGAGUCGCUAAGCCUACACGAGUUUCACCACCGCCGCCGCUGAGAUCGCCACCAGUGAGUACCGAAUGUAAACAAGCCUAG